CACACAAGUUGUAAUAUGGCACAAGAAUCAGCAUCUGAUCUCAUGUUUGUGGAUGAUUUUUACUUCUCAUUAUUCUUUGAUGAAGAAGCAGAUGAGAUUUUGUCAGUGUCGGAUGCCAAGUAUGCCGAAGGGUUGCAGCUCCAAGAGGCUCUAAUGGUCGACAUCAUCACUUCUCAAAUGGCAAACACCGGGGCCUCAUCAUCGCCAACAACCCAAGCAAUUAGUCCUCCGACCGCCAACCCAGAAGCUGGAGAGUCAUCCUCAUCGAGUACGAGUAGCUUCUGUGACAUUUGUGUGGAGAGGAAAGAUGGCCACCAGAUGUUCAGAAACGAGGGCAGCUGCCUUCACUCUUUUUGCUCUGACUGCAUUGGCAAACAUGUUUCCACAAAGAUCCAACUCGGCAUGACCAUUGUUUCUUGCCCCGGGUUGGAAUGCAAGGUUGUCCUGGAACUCGAUGCCUGCAGGCCAAUGCUUCCCAAAGACGUGAUGGAAAGGUGGGACGAGGAGCUAUGCAGAGCGCUGAUUGCGUCUGAGAUGAAGUUUUACUGUCCUUUCAAGGACUGUUCAGGCGUGUUGGUGAAUGACAAGGAAGAAAGAGAAGUGAUGAUUAGGGAGUCGGAGUGUCCAUUCUGCCAUCGACUCUUCUGCGCGCAGUGUUGUGUCCCCUGGCAUCCAGGGAUUGAGUGCGAAGAGUUCCAGGGAAUAAAUGAGAAUGAGAGAGAAACAGAGGAUCUCAUGCUGAGGGAGAUUGCUCGGGAGAAGAAAUGGAAGAGGUGCCCCAAUUGCAAAUUCUACGUGGAAAGGACUCAAGGUUGUUUGCAUAUUAUUUGCAGGUGUGCAUCCGAGUUCUGCUAUGGAUGUGGAGCAUCAUGGUCUACAGAUCAUGAUGGUGAUUGCGUGAGGGAUUAAAUGACAAGUAUUUGAGUCAAUUAAUUAACCAAUUGAUCUAUUGCCUCCAUCACAUGAAUUGAAGAUUAUAUUACGAGAGAAGCAUCAUGAGUUGUUUGAUAGUAACAUGAGUGAACCCUUGUAAGCUUAGCUUGCUAUCCCAUGUUGUCGAUGUUAUUUCUAAAACAGGGGGAGGCUAGGAGACCGCCUGUCACCACGUGUCCGUCUCUGAAUAUGUAUCAAGAUCGAUCAUCGAUGUUUAUUUCCCAUGACAUUAUUAUGGUAUGUAUGUAUGAGGA